CUCUAUCUCUUUACCAAUUUUCAACGCACCCCACAAUAUUUCCUUUCUUAUAAGCUCUCCAUUUCUGCACUUUUCUCUAUCAUCUUCUUCUUCAAUUUUUUUUUUCAAUUUUGAUCUAUAAUUUAAUUAAUCAAAUGAAGAUCCAGUGUGAUGUGUGUAACAAUAAUGAAGCCUCUGUUUUUUGUGUUGCUGAUGAAGCUGCUCUUUGUGAUUCUUGUGAUCAUCGUGUUCAUCAUGCUAAUAAACUUGCUAGCAAACAUCAACGUUUCUCUCUAAUUCAACCUUCACCUAAACAAAUACCUGUUUGCGAUAUUUGUCAGGAAAGAAGGGCGUUUUUGUUUUGUCAACAAGACAGAGCAAUUCUAUGUAGAGAGUGUGAUGUUUCGAUACACAAAGCUAAUGAACAUACACAGAAACAUAAUAGAUUUCUAUUAACUGGUGUCAAAAUCUCAGCGAAUUCUUCGCUUUAUACUUCAUCAGAAUCAGUAUCAGCAACUUCAUGUAGUGCGAAUCAAGAUUCUGUUACCAAUCUCAAUAAGUCUCAAAUUUGCACAAAAAAGACUCUCCCUGUUUCUGGUUCUGUUCCUCAACAACAAGUGUCAGUAGCAGCUAAUAUUGGGGAAAAUAGUUACACAAGUAGUAUAUCAGAGUACUUAGAGAUGUUACCUGGAUGGCAUGUUGAAGAAUUGCUGAAUGCCUCUACAAUUCCUACUAAUGGUUUCUGUAAGAUUGGUGAUAAUGAUGUAUUUCCGAUUUGGGAUAGUGAGAUUGAGAGCAGUAUGAAUUCAUUCUCACCAGAAAAUAUAGGCAUUUGGGUACCUCCAGCUCCUACUCCUCAGAAGAAUCAGAACCAAGUUUUCCCUCAGAACAUUAACUUUGGUGGACAAAUUGAAUUCAAGAAUAUGAAGGAAGAUACAAGUAACAAGUCAAGUAGAAAGUGGAGAGAUGACAAUUCUUUUGCUGUUCCACAAAUCAGCCCAUCAUCAUCUUCUAUUUCCUUCAAAAGAUCAAGAACUCUUUGGUAGUUGGAUCCAAUCAUCUUCUUUUUUAAAAAAAAUUCCCUAGUUUGAUUUUUUUUUUUCUUUUUUUGUGGGUAUUUUUUUAUUUUUUUGCCUUCUCUUGAUUUAGUUUGAGCAAAAAAAGAAAAAAGAAAAAAGAAAAAAAAAAGAUCACCCCAUCUCCUCUUUUGUGCUUAAUUAAUACAACUUGGUUUUGUUGUGUUCUUGGAAUUAUUGUUCUGGUGCAAGGCCUCUCUUUUGGUUUGUAAAUAUUCUUUUUAGGCAUAAUACAUAGACACACAUUUAAAUUUA